GGCGGGUGUGCGGCCGCCAUGUCGCGCCGCCGCCGUAAAGCGCGGGCGAUGUCGGAGCAGCCGGUGGCGGGGGUGGCGGCGGCGGCGGCGACGCGGACGCGCUUCGAGAAGCGGCUGCUGGUGACGGGCGGCGCCGGCUUCAUUGCUUCACAUGUAGUUGUGUCCCUCGUCAAAAACUAUCCAAACUAUCUGAUUAUAAAUCUAGAUAAGCUUGACUACUGUGCAAGUUUGAAGAAUCUUGAAACUGUCUCUGAGAAGGAAAACUACAAGUUUAUCCAGGGGGAUAUUUGUGAACCUCAUUUUAUAAAACAGCUUUUUGAAACUGAGAAAAUUGACAUAGUCCUUCAUUUUGCAGCCCAAACUCAUGUAGAUCUUUCAUUUUGGCACGCCCUCGAAUUCACAUAUGUGAACGUUUAUGGCACGAAUGUACUGGUAGCUGCUGCACAUGAAGCCAAUGUGGAGAAGUUUGUCUAUGUCAGUACAGAUGAAGUAUAUGGAGGCAGCACUGAUCAGGAAUUUGACGAAUCCUCACCAAAACGUCCUACAAAUCCCUAUGCCUCCUCUAAAGCAGCUGCGGAGUGUUUUGUUCAGUCUUACUGGGAAAGGUACCAAUUUCCAGUUGUUAUUACGCGAAGCAGUAAUGUUUAUGGGCCACACCAGUAUCCAGAAAAAGUUAUUCCAAAGUUUAUAUCUUUGUUGCAACAGAACAGAAAAUGCUGUAUUCAUGGUUCUGGACUUCAAAGAAGGAAUUUCCUAUAUGCUACUGAUGUUGUAGAAGCAUUCCUUACUGUUCUGAAGGAGGGGAAGCCAGGUGAAAUUUAUAACAUUGGAACUAAUUUUGAGAUGUCCAUUGCCCAGCUUGCUAAGGAGUUAAUCCACUUAAUAAAGAAGACCAGUUCAGAAUCUGAAAUGGAGCACUGGAUGGAUUAUGUCAAAGACAGACCUGCCAAUGACAUGAGAUACCCAAUGAAUUCAGAAAAAAUGCACAAGUUAGGAUGGAGACCUAAAGUGCCUUGGAAAGAAGGAAUAGAGAAAACAAUUGAAUGGUACAAAGAAAACUUUCACAACUGGAAAAAUGCAGAGAAAGCUUUGGAGCCCUUUCCUGUGACAGAGCCAUUUGCACAGCUUAAUGUUCCAUAAGGUGGCAGAGAUCUUGAAGGAAUCUAUUCUACCUCACAGUCUUUUCUUUGAAGCCUGCAAUCAAGUGACCACAGCAAAUUCUUAAUGUAUCCAAGAUACGUGAACCGUGAUAAGUACAGAUCUAUAAUAUGGCAUGACUUUGGAAGGGUUCAGCACUUUAUAAGUUUAACUUGUUAAUUUCAGCUUUUGGUGCAAUAUUAAAUCUUCACUAGGUAUAGAUUUAUUUUUUUCUGAAGAAUUUUACAGGGUGAAGAAUUUUUAUACUGUUAUAAAAGUUAGUAUAACCGAUGUCAAAUCCCUCUUACUCAUUUUGAAUGAGAGGAUUGUGACUACAGUGUUUGGGACUUCCAGUGAAUGUGUGCAUAUAUGUAUUUUUAGUUCUGAAAUCUUUCAUCUGAUUUAUUUUGUUUUUACACUUAAUAUAUGUUUUGUCACUUUAAAUAGCUGCCUUCUGUUUUAAAUCAAGUGGAAAAGAUGAUGUAUUUUCUAGAGAGUAUAAAUUGAUUGGUAAAAACUAGAUAUGGCAGCCAUAUGGUUCACAGUUCUUUUCUCUAUUGUUGCAGUAUUACGUUGUGUAGAUGACAGUUUAAACUGUUAUCUACUCUAAAUGCUUUUUUGUAAAAGGGAUGGGGAAAGUGUUAAGAAAGCAGAUGUUCUUACUGAGAUUUCCACAAGCCAUUUCUUAAACUUUGCUCCAAUGUCUUAGAAGUCAUCUGUUUACUGUAUUAUGUCCUUUUAUGUUUUAACUUCCUUUUUCCUUUUCUAAAUUAUAAUUGUAACAGACUUCAAAUACUGUAAUGUCAUUAACAUUCCGGUAAUGUAACUUCCUGUGAUGUGAAGGCUAUGUACGAUGAAAAGUUUUAAAUACUUCCUUCGAAUUGUGGGUUGGCACGCCUUAUUUGAUGCUGUGUUUGGUGUCUGUGUGUUUUUUGACAAACAUUUUAAAGAUGAAGCAAAUUUGAGUUUUAAUGUAAAACUUUGGAUGAAACUUCAGUGCUGAAAAUGUGUCAAUAAAUCUUUCUCAAAGUUGAUUUAUUGAUUAAAAACUUACAGCAUAACUGGUUUCUCUUAUUUGGGUAAAUAAGCUGAGUCGGUACAUACCAGCUCAAAGUAGAUGGUGGUUGUUUUUUUUGUUUUUUGUUAAGCGUUCCUGUGUCCUGAACAAAACGAUCUUCACUGUUUUGCCUUUGAGGUGACAUGUAAAAGAAGAAACUCUUCUUGCUUAGUACAGAAGUAUAUUGAUAAAAGCACAGCCCCAGACAGUUCUUCUGCUUCCAUGUACCUGUGGAAGUAGAGAAUUAAGAUGCUAGGGUGUGCUCAGAAACACUGCUGGCCUCUGAAGUUGUCUUUUACUGCAUAUUUGAAUUGCUGUAAAUUCAAGACUUUCAGAAACUAAGUUUAGCACACUUUGCAGAAAUCCUUUCCCUAUCACCUGAGAUGCAGGCAUGGUGGAGUUUGGGGCAUUUGCCUUAUCUUUGCACAAGCUAGAGUUGUGGUAGUAACUGAACACUUAAUAGUAUCUGGCUCAGCUGGCAGGUAUUGCUGCCUUUGGAUUUGCAAUGCUCCUAAUUGCAUCACACCUCGUGUGCUGAAUGGUGCUGUUGAUGGUAAGAAUCAUUCUAAAAGAAGACUGAGCAGUACGCUUCUAGACUAAUUUUUGUCCCAGAUAUAUAUUCUAAAGCCUGGGAACAUGUUAUUUCUGUGACAAGGUGGGAUAAUAAUACCGUACUUGAAUUGCAUUGCACUUAUUUUUUUCUCAUAUUUGGUUUGGUAGUCAAAACUUUCAUUUGGGAACAGAAAUUACAGGACUUAAUAUGCACUAGUCUGUUAGAAUAUUUGGCGUACCGUAUACUUAAGGUUAAGCUUGUACCAGUGAAUUGCUUAAAUCUCAGUGUCAAAUACGCAUUGAUGGUUGAAACGUAACAUUCAAAUAUGUUCUUAAUUUUUAUAUUUCCUUGUGAUGCAGCUUUCUUACAAUAGGCAGUGUUACUUAUCCAUCUGACCAUUUUGUGUCUUGUAGAAACCAAUAUUGGAAAUAGCUGAAAUAUUGCAAAAAAUACAUUUUAGCUGCAUUUAUUUUUACUAUGGUAGAUAGCCUGGGUGAGCUCCAGUGUAAAUACGUGUCUUUCACAUCUUUUGAUGGUGGAACACUGGAAAUAAGAAGUGUCUUUAAUUUUAGGAAUAGAAAUUAUAGAAUCUUCUCUAUUAAAAUAUUUUUGUAAUUUGACAAAUAGAUACGGUGUGUUUGAAACACUAAAAAAAAAUUAACUUCUGGUAAUGUGUUAUGUGAUGACAAAUACACAGAAGAAAAGCUUGUGAUUAGUCUAUUGAAUAGUAUAUUGAACAGGUCUUCUGAAAGUUGUUUUGAAUGUUUAGAUGCUGAAGGUUUAAUGACAUUUUAUCUAACCAUCCAAACGGUUACAUAGAAGCAAUAUUAUUGGGAGUGGAUUUGUCAGAAGGAUCUAUAACUUUUAGUGGUAGCUGUUCUCUUAGUUUAUGUAAAUAUUUUGAGAGAUUAAAUCUUCAAAACUGUUUGAGAUGCUGAACAGAUGUUCCUACUUAACGUAUUUUUUUAAAUCUGUGAUUCUUACUUUGUGCUACUUUGCUGUAGAUCAGGUUGCCUUAGCAGGUGAGUUUUCUGGUAGGAGAAUUUCUUUCCCAAGGAAUAGUCCUUACUCAUAAAGAAAACAGCUUAUUUUGCCAUCAUCCUUCUGGCUUCUUCUGUAGAAGGAAAUGACAAAAUCAACCAGCGAACUGUUAAUGUGGAGAUGUGCACUGCUUUUGGUUAUGCCUCACUGAGAAGAUAUGAAGUAGCACUUCAGCAGAAGGCAGAGGUAAUGAUGUAAAAUACUGUAAGCAUAACAAUUUUUCAGUCCACUUUUCUCAGGGUUUGCGUCACGGAACAAGCAGGUUAAACCAAUAAGAAAAUAAAUGGAGUAGGUGUUUGUUUCACUUAAAUUGGUGAAGCUUUCCUAAAGGAGAAUGGCUGCCCUUUGAAGGAAGGUUUCUGUACAGGUUCUGUCACAGAUGAGAGGCUCAGAUUCGGAAGUUAUUUGGGGACUGCUGUCCUGCAUCUCUGGGGGCUUACUGUUGUGGGAUGGAUUAGGUCUUUAGGAAGCAACUACUGAAGUCCCAUGCACUUCAAUUGUGUGCACUGGGGAAGAUCAAUGUUGCUACUGUCUUGUCUUGGUAUAUGAAGCCUGCAGAUCUCUUGCAAGCAGCAGUGAAAGAAAUUGGAAGAUGGGUGAAGCAGACGGCAGAGGAAAUGCUCUCUGUAGUCUGCCUGCACUGGGAAUUCUGCACUGUGGGGCCUUUGUGUGUGUAGCAGAUUCCAGUUUGUGUGGUGGAGAUGAUACUUGUACUCUCUGAAGAUUUGUCUAUUGACAAAGUAUACCUUGGCAUCUAUUUGUAUAUAUUCAUAAGCUGUUUGUCUUUGAGAUCCCACUUGUGGUUGAGGCUGGUUUACAUUUUAUUACAUUGUCAUAGAAUGAUAGAUGAAAAAAUUACUUUUCUUUAUCCACCCUGUUCUUUACUAGGUAUAGGAGAAAGGUUGAGGGUGAAAAAGCUGGUGUGUGUGUGUGUUUUGUUUAAACCCUUGAUUCCCAUUCUGAACAAAAUAGCACACACCAGUUUUCUUCCUCUUAGAAGAAAAUUGUGAAUAGCUUUAGCUGUAUUCAGAAUGUUCUAUUUUGCUAAAGCUGUAUUCUUCUGCUCUUUAAAUAGCUAAGAUAUUCCUACUUUUCAAUACAUGGACUUUUCAUUAAAAAAAAAAAAAAAAAAAACAACCACCAGCACCUUUGGCUUGUUUAAUAAAAUAUUUUAUAUCUGAUUCAG